UUAUCUUUUGUAGUUUCGGUUCGGAAGGGGAAUUUCCGUUUAAAGUUGACAAGCAUUUGAGAUCAAACGAACUGUUGACAGUUGCUAUGUCGAAUGAUUUUUGAUGCAAUUAUAAAUGUAUUCAUGUUUUGCUAGUAAAAUGCACUAGCGUGUUAAAAUGAUAAGCCCUUCAAACUAUUUAAUUUUAUAUGAUAAAGUACAAUCUAAAGAAGUUGAAAAAUAUGACGUUAAAGAAAGAGAAAUCAAAUUUGCAAUUAAAAGCAUGGUAGAAGUAUACAAGCCGGAUCCAAGACUGUGGGGUGAGAAAGUUGUGCAAGUAGCCAACUAUGAUGAUCCUGCUUAUAGAUGUGCAUAUUUGUAUAAAUAUGCACCUUUGCAUACAUGUUUGGUCCAGGAUAUGUUCACCAGAGCCUUAAAUGAAAGUGUUGCUGUCAUAAAUCCUGAUUUUUGGAGUAAUAACGAUUGCAUAAAUAUUUGUAGCCUGGGUGGUGGGCCAGGAAUCGAUGCCAUUGGUGUACUUUCUGCUUUGCACAGAAAAUAUGGACUCUUGCGUUGCCAUGCGCAAAUUAUCGAAUCGAUGCCGGGAUGGAAGGAUACAUUUAAGACUAUUUUAGAAGAAUUUCAGAAUGAUCAUUACGGACUCUCUGGUAACCUGACGCCAGAAUAUUUUCAGUUUUCAUAUAUAGUGGCUGACUUGCUGGGUAAAAUGGACAGUGUUGUGAACAAAGCUAUAGGUUCAGCAAAUUUAAUUACCAUGGUUAAGUUUUUAUCUGCUGCAACUAGUAUUGACACUGCCCAAAUGAUCAGGAAAAUUUUCAACUCAAUGCGUCAUGGUGCCGUAGUUUUCAUCAUCGACAAUGCAUCAGGCGGUUACAGCGAAUUAGUGUCUUGGAUAGCUGAAGAAUGUAGAAUGAUACCUGUUUUUGGUCCGUUGCAAUAUGUGCAGUACAAAAAUGCAAAAUUUUGCGAGAGAAAAUAUGGCAGUAGGAGUUGCUUUAGCACUCAGGUAACCGUUCAUUUACUAAUGAAGCCAUGCGCUUUACCAGAAGUCGAAUGGAAUUUUCCACUAAAACCAGCCAUGAACUAUAAAAGAAAAAAUGAUUUCUGCAGCUUAUCUGAAGAUGAUUCUGCUGUUCCUUUUAGAACAUUCGGUUAUAAUUCUGAUUUCUCGAAAAUAGUUCCUAAAAGUUUUACUCCUUUUUAUCAGAGUCAAGAUAAAUUAAAUGUUACACCCAAUGUAGAUUGCGACUCUAGAAAUCCUAAAAGUUUUGCCAUUCAUCAAAGACAAGAUAAAUUCAACUUUGCACAAGAUAUAGAUUUAGAUUCAAGCAAUUUUAAGAGUUCUGUCAAUCAUAGGAGACAAUAUAAAUUAAAUGUUGAAUAUAAUAUAGAUUAUGAUUCAAGUAAUCCUAAAAGCUUUGCAUCUUUUUACCAGAGACAAGAUAAAUUAAAUGUUACAUAUAAUUUAGAUUGUGAUUCAAGUUUUGUGAUUCAUCAAACACAAGAUAAAUUCAACUUAGCACAAGAUACAGAUUUUGAUUCAAACAAUCUUAAUAGUUCGGUCAAUCAUAAGAAACAAGAUAAACUAAAGGCUGCAUGUAAUAUAGAUUAUGAUUCAAGUAAUUCUAAGAGUUUUGCCAUUCAUCAGAGACAAGAUAAAUUAAAUGUUGCAUACAUAGAUGAUAAUUCAAGCAAUAAAAUUUAUUCCAUGGCACCAGGUUCUAAUAUCCUGCAUUCAAAUAAAUUUGAUUUUGCAAAUGAUUGGAAUACUACGAGUUCUCUAUGCCAUCCGAAAUGUUAUGACAAUUUAGAAACUAAAGCUUAUUCUAAAAAUUCAAAUGGCGAACCUGCCCUCGAUCAAACAUAUUGUUUGACUGGCAAGUCAAAUUCAACAUUAACUGAAAGAAACGAGAUAGAUUCAAGGUUUAACUACCCGUUAUAUGAGCUUUUUCCUCAAAAUUACGAGGAAGAUAGCAAAGAUUUCAAAAAACUAUUAUCAGUCUCUAUUGAUGGAUCAAAAGUCGAGAAUAAUAAAAAACACGUUGCGCCUAUUCCUCAUAUAAACUUAGAAAAAAUGUUGUUUAGGGAAGGAACUAAAACCAAUGAAAUAACCGGAAAUGGAAAUAGUUCCGUAGUUAAAGCUACACCACACAAUACGGAGGAAAAUGCUACAGUUGAACGAGAGUGUAAUAAUUGCUCUAAGCUAAAAAGAAUAAAAUGGCUUAAAAAAAUGUGCAAAUUUUGUAAUACAUAGAAAUUUUGCGUUGAUACAUUGUCUUAAUAAUAAUUUGUAAUAAUUGUUUUGUAAAAUAUGUUUGAGCAUGUAAAUUUUUUAAAAAGAAGGAAUGGUAUAACUAUUUUGUGAGAUAAAGUUUAUAUCAAAUUUGAAAUAAAGACUUUGUAUAGCA